UGAAGGUAGAGUCACUGCGUUAACGCCAGACAGAGCAUAUCGGCAGCUGAAGUAAUAACUGCAACAUGGACACCAGCGGUAUCAUUCCCGACAUCAUCGAUGACAAGCCAAAGGCUCGUAUUACGAUCACCUAUCCGUCCGGUGCUCAGGUCGAUCUUGGCAAGGAAUUGACACCCACUCAAGUCAAGGAUCAGCCAACAGUUAGCUGGGAUGCCGAAGCUGGCGCCUCGUACACUCUGCUCAUGGUCGAUCCCGAUGCGCCCAGCCGCACGGAUCCCAAGAUGCGUGAGGUGCUCCACUGGGCCGUGAUCAAUAUUCCCGGCGAUAAGGUCGCCAAUGGCCAAGUGCUGGCCGAAUAUGUCGGCGCUGGUCCAUCCGAGGGCUCCGGCCUGCAUCGCUACGUUUUCCUAGUCUUCAAGCAGGGCGACAAAAUCACCAGCGACAAGUUCAUCAACAAGACUACAUUGGAGGGUCGCCUCAACGUCAAGAUCCGCGACUAUGUGGCCAAGUACAACUUUGGCGUGCCCGUCGCCGGCAACUUCUUCCAAGCGCAAUAUGAUGACUAUGUGCCCACCAUUCGUGCCCACAUCAAAUAAGCAGCCAGCAAAUAAAUAAAAUUAAAUUUUAUACAAAAAUUUAAAAA